AUGGCUUCUAAUCAAGAUGGAAGUAAUGAACCAGUCCCACAAGGUGAAGAAUCUGAAGAUCCAAGCUUGGUGAAAAAGAGGCGAAAAACUUCUGCAGUUUGGAAUGAUUUUCAUGAAAUGGACAUUCCUAAUGUUGGGCGUAAAGCAGUUUGUAACUACUGCAAACAAAAAUUUGCAACUGGGGGAAUUGGAGGUAGCACUAGUCAUCUAAGGAGGCAUUCACAAAAUUGCUUGAAUAGGAAAUUGGACCAAUCCGUGAAGAAGCAGACCACUUUAUCAUUCCAGCCUACAGGUUCUACUUUGAAUCCUUUUCUUGCACCCGGGGGGAUGUACACCAAUGAAAAGAUGAGAGAAAUUAUUGCUACUGCAAUUAUGAUUCACGAGUAUCCUUUCAGUAUUGUGGAGGACGAUGUUUGGAUGUGGGCCUUUAAGUUUGCGAAUGCUGAAUUUGAGAAAGUUUCGCGUAUUACUGCAAGAAAAGAUUGUAUUGCAUUAUAUGAGGCAGAAAAGAAAAGUCUAAAGGCUUUAUUGAUGGGUGUGAAAAAGAUCAGUAUAACCACUGAUAUGUGGAAGUCUAGUCACCAAAUAGCUGAAUAUAUGGUCAUCACUGGCCAUUUUAUUAAUUCAGAAUGGAAAUUGCAAAAGCGAGUGUUGAGUUUUGUUAAGGUUCCACCUCCAAGGCGUGGAGUUGAUGUCGCUGAUGCAAUUUUUAAAUGUCUGCAAUUAUGGGGAAUUGAAAAUAAGAUAUUUUCAGUAUCUGUGGACAAUGCAGCCUAUAAUGAUGUUUGUAUAAGAAAUUUGAAAAGCACAUUAGCAAGAAACACUAAUUUAGUCCUUGGUGGACAACUAUUUCAUGUGAGAUGUUGUGCUCAUAUAUUGAAUUUGCUAGUGCAACAUGGUCUUAGUCAGAUCAAAGGUAUCAUUGAAAAUGUUCGUGAAAGUGUCAAAUAUGUUAAUCAUUCUGACUCAAGAUUGAAGACUUUUUGCGAUAUUGUCAAGAAGAUGGGUGUAAAAGAAAGGAAACUAGUUGUUGAUUGUCCCACCAGAUGGAAUUCAACAUAUGAAAUGUUAUCUGUUGCUUCUAAAUUUAAAGAUGUUUUUCCAGAAUAUAAGGAGUGGGAGCCACAUUAUAAUUAUUUGCCAUCAACUGAAGAUUGGGAAAAGGUUGAAAAGGUAUGCCAUCUUUUAGAAGUUUUCACUCAUGCUACUAAUGUUAUGUCAGGUACUCAAUAUCCUACAGCAAAUUUAUACCUUCCUGAAGUGUUUAGGGUGAAACAAGUGAUUGAUGCUGCAGCUGAAGACAAUUAUGAUUUUAUGAGAGGAAUGGCAAGGUUUAUGAAAGAUAAAUUUGAUAAAUAUUGGGGGGAAUGCAAUAUGUUGAUGGCCGUUGCUAGUGUUUUAGACCCACGAUGUAAAUUCCAUGUGGUGAAAAUUUGCUUUCCACUUAUAUACAAAUCAGAAUACGAGGCACAAUUUAACAUGUAUAAGGUGAGUGAAGCUUUAGAAGCUUUAUAUAAUGAAUAUUCAGCUUUAUGUUUGAAGGAGUCAUCCUCUGAUAGUCAGGUGGGAUCUAGGAUGAACAUAUCCUCUUCUACUCUCUUUACUCAAGUUCCACGUGGCUCUACCUCUGGGUUUGACCAAAUCAUGAGCAUUGUGCAUGAACAUGAAUCUAUUCCCGCAGCAAAGUCAGAGUUGAAGUUAUAUCUUGAAGAAAGUGUUUAUGAAUAUCAUGAAAAAUCUCAUCUUUCAUUUGAUGCUUUGGAAUGGUGGAGGAGUAAUAGCUUAAAGUAUAAAAUUUUAUCACAAAUGGCAAGAGACAUACUAGCUGUACCAAUUUCUACAGUAGCAUCAGAAUCAACAUUUAGUGCUGGAGGAAGAGUUAUUGAUGCGUAUCGUUCUAGCUUGGCUGAAGAUACGAUCCAAGCUUUAAUAUGUGGUGGAGAUUGGCUACGUAAUAGGUAUAACUUGAAGAAAAAACAAAAGGUAUAA